AUGUCCUCACCCUUCUCAAUAAACGGCGGUGCCUGCGUGGCCAUGGUGGGCAAAGACUGCGUAGCCAUCGCCUGCGAUCUACGCCUGGGUCUACAAGCCCUGACCGUGUCCAACAACUUCCCCAAAGUCUUUCAAUACGGCGACAACGUAUUCCUCGGCCUGACGGGGCUCGCGACCGACGUCUCGACCGUGUCCGACCUGUUCCGGUACAAAGUCAACAUGUACCGGCUUCGUGAGGAGCGGCACAUUGCCCCGCGCACGUUCGCCAACCUUGUUAGCAGCUCGUUGUACGAACGCCGUUUCGGGCCGUACUUUGUCAGUCCCGUUGUUGCGGGGCUGGAGCCCAAGACGGGCCAGCCAUUUAUUUGCGGGUUUGACAGCAUUGGAUGCAUUGAUUUUUCCAAGGACUUUAUCGUCUCGGGGACGGCCACAGAGCAACUUUUUGGCAUGUGCGAGAGCUUAUGGGAGCCGGAUCUGGGUCCUGAGGCGCUGUUCGAGACGAUCUCGCAGGCGCUUCUUAACGCCGUGGACCGCGAUGCCCUCUCUGGUUGGGGUGCCCACGUCUACAUCAUCGAGAAGGACAAGAUCACCAAGAGGCUACUCAAGGGGCGGCAGGAUUAA